AUGUAUUGGGCCGGCCCCGUCGAGGGGUGUCUCGGCCAGCCCAUCCGGUCGACUCUUCACCCACUCCACAAAUAUUUAGGAAUGCUCCUUGAAAUCGGCCCAGGAGCAGCCCAGACAAUCGGUGUCGUCGUCGAUGCACUCAACAGCUUGACAGGCAAUCUCACCCGAACGGACGCCAACAAGGCCGCCGAGUACAGCCAGGGAGGAAUAUCGCCCGAGGAAUCCGCCAGGCGGAAGACGGCGCUCGUCGAGAAAUCCACGAGCCUCCUCCCCUGUCUGCGCCAACAGCUGGCCGACCUGCUGGCCUCACUAGACAUCGCCGAUCUCGAAAGAGUCCCUAACCCAAGAUCCCUGCCGGCUACCCUAGAUAUCAUCAAGAAGAUCGGAAUCACCCUCGACCAACUCAUCUGUGCAACUCGCUCCGUCUCUCUCUCCCCUCCCCCCGCACCAUCCCGCUUCGAAGACCACGACUGCGGGAUCCUCAAAGUUUAUCGAUACGAUCAUUUCCAACAGGACAUUACCCAGCUCAUCGAAACACGUCUCUGCCCAUUGUUCAACCAAUCCGUACUGCUUCUUGAGGCCGGGAAAUCCGCAAGCAAUCCCGACUUAUCUGGCGAUCGCCCGCCACUAGAGGAACGAGAGGCGACCGAACAUCGAAAACAGAUCAUCUCCCUCACCGCCCUCUCCCACAAGUCCAUCGACAAUCUCAUCAAAUGGCUCGAACUCGAAGAUGACUUGGGCGCCCUUCAAUUCUUUCUUCAACCGGAAAUCGACCUGCUCAGCUCCAAUCAGGCUGAGUUAAUCCAACGGAUCGGUCUCCCAUUACCCCCGCUACCCAAAAAAAAAGACGGCCUAGAUGAUUCAGAUAGUUCUGAAUCUGAUGAUUAUCCAUCUCAAUCAAAAAACCCCAACCAGGAAGAGGGAAGUAUGUCCAAAGGGGAUGUUGAUAAUAGCCACAAGGAAGAUGAAGGUGAAGAUGAAGAUGAGGAUGAAGAUGGGAGUGAGUUUGACAGUAAUUAUUCUGGAAGUAGCGCAUCGAGUGGCCAGUCGGAGGAGAUACCCGUGAGACAGGCGACGGUCAAGCUAGCUAAGAAGUCCAUGCGAAUGAUCAAACUGAUACUGAGCUUCUUCAGCGAGCUGUGGAAGGCACGCUCGAGCGAGGCCCCGUUCAAGCUGGAUGAGCGGAUCAGUUCGGAAGAGCUCGUCAGGCUAGUCAGCAGAUUCGAACACCUGAUCCAGCCCCUCAACGAGUUCGUCAAGCUGCUGCUAUCCAUCUACGAUCAGGACGACUUCGACGAGGAGGAGCUCGCCCGGCUGGGGAGCAAGAGCAGCUCGCUCUCCGACGCCUUCGACACCUGCUUGCUCCACCUCGCCUUCCACCUCGUCCCCCUAGACCAUCAAGAAGACCUCAUCGACGUGGAUCCGCUCGCUCCUAAUCCGUUCAACACCUGGUUCUUCCAACUCAGGCAAAACCUCGGGGGUGCGGCUUCAAGAAUCACUUGGGGGCUACACUCCUUCCGUGAAACUGUCUUCGACUAA